GGCGGUGGUGUUUUUUUUUUUUUUUUUUAAAUCAUCACAGGUACAACAGAAAAGACCUUGAUUGAUGUGCUGACCCAAAGAAGCAAUGCCCAGCGUCAGCUUAUUGACACAGCUUAUCAGAAAGCCACUGGAAGGACAUUAGUGGCUGAUCUAAAGGGCGACACCCACGGAGACUUCGAGGACUUGCUGGUUGCUUUGGUAACGCCUCCUGCUGUCUAUGACUGUCAUGAAGUUAUAAAAGCUAUAAAGGGUUCAGGGACCACUGAGAGCACUCUGACAGAAAUCUUUGCUUCCAGAUCCAACAGGCAGAUUAAAGCCAUGGCUGAUGUAUACCUCAAAGAAACCGGAAGAUCGAUGAGAGAUGAUCUAAAGUCAGAGGUAUCUGGGGAUUAUGGCAAAGCGCUGCUCAUCUUGGCUGAGGGAAAAAAAGAUGAGAGCACCAAUGUGGACACAGCUAAAGCUAAAGCAGACGCUAAGGUUCUGUAUGAGGCGGGAGAAAAGAAGUGGGGAACUGAUGAGGCCAAGUUUAUCGACAUCCUGUGCCAGAGGAGUGUUCCUCAGCUUCGACAAAUUCUGACUGAGUAUAAGAAUGUUAGCAAGAAGACUCUGCAGCAAAGCAUUGAGAGUGAAAUGUCUGGAAAUCUGGAGGAACUCCUGGUUGCUGUUGUGAAGUGUGCCAACAAUGCCCCUGCAUACUUCGCCGAGAGGCUUUUCAAGGCCAUGAAGGGAGCAGGAACCACAGAGUCCACGCUGACGAGGAUCCUGGUCAGUCGGUCUGAGAUCGAUUUAAUGGAUAUUAAAGAAGAAUACAAGAAGCUGUUUGGAUAUACCCUCUACAGCCGGUUAGAGUCUGAAGUGUCCGGUCAUUAUGGAGAAACUCUCAAGAAGCUGUGUGGCCAAGAUGGCUGACUUCUCCCAUGUCCUCAAAUACAACCUGGAGGAGGAGGGAUGAUCAAUAACCACCUGAAGGCCUAAUAACUGAUCAGUUUGACUGAUCGUAACCCAAAUGAAUGGAAAUAAUCCAGUAAUGUUCUCAAAUAUGGUAUUCUGAGUUUUAUAUACCUAAAUGUAGGUGCCACUUUGUUGAUAAUGUACUGUUACUGUAACAUUUUGAUAUGAGUGCCUUCUUUCCUCAUCAGAAAAAACACUCCAUUUCUUUGUUUAAUAAUCCAAUAAAGUUUUAGGCUGAGGAAAAAUAAAACAAAUUCACAAGUCAA